CCUGAUCGCCUGCCGCCGCCGGGUCGUGUCGGGACCGCGGACUCUUCACCCGGGCACACACACAGUCCCCAAUCUCCGUCGCCACCGGCGCGGCGGCACCGGCCGUCGGCCUCUUCGUCCCCGCACCCGCUACCGAGAAGAGCGAAGCGUUUCCCUCUCGUGCCUCCGCGUAGCGGCGGGAGAUGGUGAAGAUAGUGACGUACAACGUGAACGGGCUGCGGCCGCGGGUGGCGCAGCACGGCUCGCUCCGCCGCCUCCUCGACGCCCUCGACGCCGACAUCAUCUGCUUCCAGGAGACCAAAUUGUCGAGGCAGGACCUGUCUGCAGAUGUCAUAAUGGCUGAAGGAUACGAGGCUUUUGUUUCGUGCAAUCGCUCUGCUAAAGGGCGUGGAGCAUACUCUGGUGUUGCAACAUUUUGCCGAGUAACAUCAGCAUUUUCCAGCCAGGAGGUUGCUUUGCCAGUAGCAGCUGAAGAAGGCUUUACUGGACUUCACGACUAUGCAAGAAACAGCGAAAUUUUGGGGGAUUUUGUUAUUGCAACUCCUGUAGCGGAGGAGGGCCUUGGUGAAAUCACAAGAGAAGACCUGCUAAGGGUAGACAAUGAGGGGCGGUGCAUCAUCACCGAUCACGGACAUUUUGUUCUUUUCAACAUAUAUGGCCCAGCUGUCGAAGAAGAUGAUAAAGAGCGGGUUCGUUUUAAGCUACUAUUUUAUAAGAUACUGCAGAAACGAUGGGAAUAUCUGCUGGCACUUGGAAAGAGAGUCUUUGUUGUUGGUGAUUUGAAUAUUGCUCCUGCUUCAAUAGAUAGGUGUGAUGCGCUGCCUGGUUUUGAGAAGCAAAUGUUCCGAGAAUGGCUGAGAUCCAUGCUGAGAGAACAUGGAGGUCCCUUUUUGGAUGCUUUUAGAUCGAAACACCCUGAAAGGACAGGAGCAUAUACUUGUUUUAAUCAAAAAAUUGGUGCUGAAGAGUAUAAUUACGGUUCUAGAAUAGACCACAUUCUCAUUUCCGGCGCCUGUCUCCAUCAUUGCAAUGCUGUGGAGGAUCAUAGCAUUUUUUGUUGCCAUGUAGAAGAAUGUGAGAUAAUGAAUCAUUUCAAAAGAGGGAAUUCUGAAAGUUUGUCAAAGUGGAAAGGGGGGAGAAGUAGUAAGCUAGAAGGAUCCGAUCAUAUUCCAGUUUAUAUUUUACUGAAAGAAAUUCCUGAACUUCCAGUUCAUAAUAUCCCACCAUCAGCUGCAAGAUAUCUUCCAGAGGUCCGUGGACGACAGCAGAGUAUUGUAUCAUUCUUCAAUAAGGGGAAAACUUAUGAGCUGCAAGAUGAUGGAAAUUUGGUUCUGUCUGAGAAUACAGUAAAUGGUAGCUACUAUAGUGAUGGCUUGGAAAAGAAAGCUAUAGUUAAGGAAGGACUGGCAGCUGGUAUAACUGAUCUUACAAAAGGUGGUAACCUUCCUAGUUUGAUGUGUAAGGGGACAAAUCCUGAUCAAUGGAGAAAUGAAGGAUUAAGUGGCGUCUCCUAUAACAGCCAGAAAACUUCACCGUCUGGCACCAAGUCUGUGCCAAACAAGAAGCUUAAACGCAAUUUAUCCUCUCAACCAACAAUCAAGUCAUUUUUUCAACAACCAGGGCCAAAGACAGUAAAUGUCAGCAUCAGUACCUUAGUUACUCCAGUGGAAACAGUACACCAUACCAAUCAAACAUGUGUUCCAAAUGAUGAUAGUCUGCCAGAAAACAUGCAGUGUACAACUUCAGCUGCGGAAGAUCAGGAUAACACAAAUAUACCAUCCUGUUCAAUUUCAACAGACAAGUCUAAUGCUGCAGCAUUAGAGUGGCAAAGAAUACAACAAAAGAUGAAGAUGACACUGCCACGUUGCAAAGGACAUCGUGAACCAUGUAUUCCAAGGUCUGUGAAGAAGGGCCCUAAUAUAGGCCGCUUAUUCUAUGUCUGUCCUCGUGCUCAGGGACCUGCAUCAAAUAAAGAAGCAAAUUGUGGCCACUUUCAGUGGGCACCUGUAAAAUCUAAAGAGAAGCGCUUGUGACGGUUCCCCCUUUCAGGAGUCCAGGACAUUCUGCUUCCUGUAAGUCUGGUCCAUCACUUUGUCCUAACAUGCUGAUGAUGCUGUGAUAUGCUUGUGGGGAGGAGCUAUUCUUUUAAUCAGCAAUAAUUUUCCCCUAGGCAGGUAUAUAUUUUAACACUGUAUUUAGUUGGUUGUUGUAAACUUGUAACACUAACAAAAUGUGGCCUUCCAUUGGUUGGCUAACAAUCAAAUAGCAUCUCAGCAUUCUCUUCAUUUUUUACCCUCCUGGUUGGUUAGCUUAUCUUCACGACCAGCUUAUGCAAAUUCCUAAUAGACAAAUGACUACUA